CUGCAACGACGAGCCUCCGUUUAGAGAACCAGGUUCCAUAGACUUCUACCAAUAGAUCAAGUUUGUUUUUUGUUAUAUCAAGCUUUCUUUUAUCUUCUCACGACAACGUCUUCAUCUCUCAACCGUCGAUUGAAGGAACCCAGUACCCCCGAAGCAAGAGCCGCGUUUUCUCACCCCCCGCCAACACCCCUCAUUUCUUUUGCGACAAACGAAAACCGACAUCAAUAUAUAUCGACAGCCAGCUCUCAAAGCAAUAACUACGUCGCAGCUCCCCCCCCUAUCCGAGUAGUCCAGACUCUUUAAAAUAAAGAAACGAACACCUGUCAACCAAGAACGACAUAAAAAAAAUCAAAUAAUCCGUCACGAUGGCUGAAGUCGCUUUCGCAAAGACGUUCCUCACGUCGCUCGACUCCCGUCCCAUCAAGCUCUCCCCAGACCACAUCGAGGACCCCAAGACAUUCCCGCCUCGACCUCCCUACAUCCUCCCCCGCAUGCCAACGCCAAUGUCCAAACCCUCCUCCCUCGCCCGCGCCGCCCCCGGCCAAGAACCAAGCAUCUCCGUCUCCCUCAAGUCCCUCCGCAACCCGCCGCUCGACAUCGCCCUGCCCGCCCUCCCUCUCAGCACCUCCGUGCUCGACGUAAAGGCCGCCGUGCAGGAACAGACGCGCAUCCCCAUCGACAAGAUGAAGCUGCUGCUCAACAAGCGGCCCGUCGCGGACAGCAAGGUCCUCAAGGAGCUGCGCGCAAAUGAGUCUGACAGGGCGAUUGAAUUCUCUGUCAUGGUGAUUGGUGGCGCGGCGGCUAUUCCGCCUCCUGAAGAGACGGUCGAGGAUGUGCCUGUUUCGACGGCCCAGGCAGAUGAGGCGACGGUGGAGACGGAGCUUGAGUCUGAGGCCUUCUGGGCGGAUCUCAAGGGCUUCUUGCAGCAGCGGCUCAAGGCUCAAGGCAAGGGCGAAGAGCUGGCGAAUUUGUUCAAAUCUAGCUGGGAGGCAAGCAGAUCAAGUUAAAUAUUACACGGGCAUGGUACAAAAAAAAAACAUGGGUUCAUCUUUUAGCAUCUUUUUUUUUUCUUAAUAGAGCAUACUUUUUCAUUUUCCUUCAUGUAGCAACUGACUUCACCGGUGCAUAUUCCCACACCUCCAGUACGAAAGACGAGUCCAAUUUUUCCCUUGGUACGGUAUGAAUCAUCAUCUGUAGCGCUAGCACAUCUGAAAAAUUACCUAUGCCUAUCCAUCGAAUAAACACAGCCCCCCUUUGCAU